AUGAAAGGUCGGUUAAUUCGCCCUCUCCCCUUCUCACCUCUUGACGACCUCGCCAAGCUGACUGGUCGGCAGGACUCAUUCUCGUCGGUGGCUUUGGCACCCGCCUCCGCCCGCUCGUACGCGCGCUCCCCCCUCGACCCUGCCUCCGUCCCGUCCCGUCUCGUGCUCUGCACUCCUGCUCGGUCUGCCAGGUGGCACGGCCGACCACGGCGACGCGACGACGCUCCAUCUCCAUGGCUAGGACCGACCUCCGCUAACUGCCGCGCCGCCGCCCGCCCCACGCAGACACUUACUCUUCCUAAGCCGCUCGUCGAGUUCGGCAACAAGCCCAUGAUCGUUCACCAGAUCGAGGCCCUCGUCGCCGCCGGCGUCAAGGACAUCGUCCUCGCCGUCAACUACAGGCCCGAGAUCAUGGAAAAGUUCCUCCAAGAGUACGAGCAAAAAUACAACAUCAACAUCGAGUUCUCGGUCGAGUCGGAACCCCUCGACACCGCCGGACCCUUGAAGCUCGCCGAGAAGAUCCUGACCAAGGACGACUCCCCCUUCUUCGUCCUCAACUCGGACGUCAUCUGCGAAUACCCCUUCGCCGAACUCCUCAAGUAUCACAGGAACCACGGUGACGAGGGCACCAUCGUCGUCACCAAGGUCGAGGAACCGUCCAAGUAUGGCGUCGUCGUCCACCAGCCAAAUCACCCCUCCCGCAUCGACCGAUUCGUCGAGAAGCCCGUCGAGUUUGUCGGCAACCGCAUCAACGCCGGCAUGUACAUCUUCAACACCUCCAUCCUCAAGCGCAUCGAGCUCCGCCCUACCUCGAUCGAGAAGGAAACCUUCCCCGCCAUGGUCCGUGACAAUCAGCUGCACUCGUUCGACCUCGACGGCUUCUGGAUGGAUGUCGGCCAGCCCAAGGACUUCCUCAGCGGCACCUGCCUCUACCUCUCCUCGCUCACCAAGCGCGGCAGCAAGGAGCUCACACCGCCGACGCAGCACUACGUCCACGGCGGCAACGUCCUCAUCGACCCCUCGGCCAAGAUUGGCAAGAACUGCCGCAUCGGCCCCAACGUCACCAUCGGCCCCGAUGUCGUCGUCGGCGACGGCGUCCGCCUCCAGCGCUGCGUCCUCCUCCGCGGCUCCAAGGUCAAGGAUCACGCCUGGGUCAAGUCCACCAUCGUCGGCUGGAACAGCACCGUCGGCCGCUGGGCGCGGCUCGAGAACGUCACCGUUCUCGGCGACGACGUCACCAUCGGCGACGAGAUCUACGUCAACGGCGGCAGUGUCCUGCCCCACAAGUCCAUCAAGGCCAACGUCGACGUUCCCGCAAUCAUCAUGUAA